CACUAUAACCCGCAACGUGAGAGUUGUCAAAAAUUUUGAAAAAUUUGUGCAAAUUUUUAAAUUUUGAUACUUUAAAACAAUGUCGUUGGGCAGACUUAGCCGUAUAUUAGCGCUCAGACAAAUUCAAUUGCAGGCAAGAAAUAAUAUCAUAAGAAAUGAGGGCGUUAAAAGAGUAACAAUUACGAAUCGGAACUUUGCAAGAUUAUUAAGCACCCAAACUUCUACCAAAGAUGAUGAACAUCAUUCAAUAAUUAAAGAUACAGAAAAACCUAUAGGCGAAAGUACAAAAUAUGAAUUUCAAGCAGAAACAAGAAUGCUUCUAGAUAUAGUGGCUAGAUCUCUUUACUCAGAAAAAGAGGUGUUUGUUAGAGAGUUAAUAUCAAAUGCAAGUGAUGCUUUAGAGAAAUUCAGAUACAUAGCAGCAUCAGGGGGAGACGAAGCCAAAAAUAUUAAAGAUUUAGACAGAGCAUUAGAAAUUCAUAUAUCCACAGAUAAACAUAAUAGAACGUUAACAAUACAAGACACUGGUAUUGGAAUGACUAAAGAUGAUCUAAUAGCACAUUUAGGAAUCAUUGCAAAAUCAGGAUCUAAGGCAUUUAUGGAGCAGAUUAAAGAAAAGGCUGCCAGCGGAGAUAACAACAUUAUAGGACAAUUUGGAGUAGGAUUUUACAGUGCAUUUAUGGUAGCAGAUAAAGUUGAUGUUUACUCCAAAGCAGCAGGUGAAGAAAAUGGCUAUAAGUGGAGUUCAGAUGGGACUGGUUCCUAUGAAAUUCAAAUUGCAGAAGGUGUCCAAAACGGCACCAAAAUUGUGAUUCAUUUAAAAGCAGAUUGUAGAGAAUUUGCUGACGAAGAUACAAUUAAAAAUGUUAUAAACAAAUACAGCAACUUUGUUGGAAGUCCUCUCUAUCUCAAUGGCAAAAAGACCAACAUAGUUCAACCAUUGUGGCUUUCUGAUCCGAAAUCUGUGACUCAGCAACAACACAAUGAUUUUUAUAGGUUUAUAAGCGGCAGUUAUGAUACACCUAGGUAUACUUUACAUUACAAGACUGAUGCCCCCCUUUCAAUUCGGGCUUUGCUGUAUUUCCCUGAAGGAAAGCCAGGUUUAUUUGAAAUGUCUCGGGAAAAUGAAUCUGGAAUAGCACUAUACACAAGAAAAAUUCUUAUUAAAAAUAAGACUGAUAAUAUUUUGCCGAAAUGGUUAAGAUUCGUCAAGGGUGUUGUUGACUCAGAAGAUAUACCACUAAAUUUGAGCAGAGAAUUGCUUCAAAAUAGUGCACUUAUUAAUAAACUACGUGAUAUACUUACCGCUAGAGUGAUUAAAUACUUGCAAGAACAACUGAAAAAGAACCAAGUAGAAUUCGAAAAGUUUUAUAAAGAUUAUGGUUUAUUUAUUAAAGAAGGCAUCAUAACAAAUUACAACCAGACAGAAAAGGAAGAUGCUGCGAAUCUCUUGUUAUUUGAAUCAUCUCACGAGGAAGCAAAUAAGAAGGUCACGCUCAAUGAAUACUUAUCCAGGGCUAAGGAGAACAGGACGAUAUAUUAUCUAGCAGCACCAAGUCGUGCUUUAGCCGAGAACUCCCCUUACUAUGAAUCUCUUAAGACGAAAAAACAGGAAGUUCUUUUCUGUUACGAACCUUACGACGAACUGGUCCUUAUGCAGCUUCAACAAUUCAAAGGCAACAAAUUAGUAUCGGUGGAAAAGGAUAUGAGGGAAGAUAAACAAGCAAUAGAUCUUACAAAUCUAGGUGAUGACAGUUUAAAGCGUAGCGAGAUUAACGAUUUGACAGCAUGGAUCAAGGGAAAACUAGGCGAUAAAGUAACCGCCGUGAAUGCUACUAACCGUUUAGAAAGCCAUCCUUGCGUGAUAACCGUAGAGGAAAUGGCCGCUGCUAGGCAUUUCAUUAGAACUCAAAGCCACAACAUACCCGAAGACAAGAGAUACGCCAUUUUGCAACCAAGAUUAGAACUGAAUCCAAAACAUCCUAUUAUUAAAAAACUGCAUAAAUUGAUGAGCAGUGAUCCAGAAUUAGGAGAGCUUUUGGCAAAACAGUUAUUCGCAAAUUCUAUGGUAGGAGCUGGACUUGUUGAAGAUCCUCGAAUUUUGCUAACUUCGAUGAACGAUCUUUUAGCAAAAGCAUUAGAGAAACACUAAAUUUACCAUCACUAGUUGUAUAGAUUAAUUCCCAUUGUAAAUAUAAAAAUUGGAUAUAGAUUUUAAGACUUUCACACCGACCAGUUGGAUCACGAAAUUUACAGCAGAGGUAUAAUUGUUAAAACUUUAUAUAAAGAUUAUAAAGACGAAUUAAAUAAGCUUUAAAUGAUGAUAACAUUUCAAGUUCUAUCUGCUGACAAAAUAGAGAAAAUUAAAUAUCUUAUUGGUUUGUAUUUAAUAUUUGACUUUACUGUAUUUGAAACGAUAAAUGUAUCUUAAAUUAAAAUGAUUCCCAUUUACCAAACUUCAAAUUUGGAGUUAUUACAUUUAUUAGGAAUAUCCAGUCUAGGUGACAUAUUAAAAAUGUAAUUUCAGUCAAAAGGUAGUUAAAAAAAAGCCGAAUAUUUGUGAUCCAGCUUUAAUCAAACGUGUUUUUUUUUAUGAAGAUUUAGUACUUAGUUUAAAUUUUAUCAUUUUUUUCAAUACCUCUUUAUUUUUCUUAUAAUUUUAUUGUAAAAUGAAAUGA